GACAUUCCUGCGCAUGUUGUUACUAAAACAACAUGGCCGCCCUUGGUAUCCAUCGUACAUCAACAUAAACCUGUCUAUGGCAAUAUCACUACUACCAGCUUCGUUUUUGCGCUGUUUACGAGUGAGCUCGAUCUGAAGCACACUUUUGAUACAAAAUGGAUAGUAAGCUUCUUGCUGGAGCAUAUUCAAAGCGAUACAGAUACAUUGAAAGAGAACACAUAGAAAAGUUGAAAAAUGACUGUGUCCCAGAAAAGUUAGAUGUUCUUGCGAGAGCACGACGUCUUUCACAAGAAACAAACAGACGAAGAAGACUUCAAGCACAAAAAAGAAAAACUGAUGCUGCCCGUGAGGAGAAGAGAAGACAAGAGAUUCUGAAUCGACGUCACCAGGAACAGCAGCAAGCAACUGAAAAAUACCAACGGUGCCAUAUAGGCGGUAAAUCUCAUAUCUGUAUUUCCUCUCACCGUCAAAUGCAUGGGUCUGUCCGCCAAAAUGAAAUUGAUGAGGUUUUGAGACUAGUCACAGGAGUGUCACCUAACACCAUUUACCGUGAUGAGGAAUUAGCAGGCAUGCCGCUUAUAUAUCAUCAGCAGCAAAAUAGUCAAGAUCCCUUGACACGCUCACUUAUAAAGAAUGGUCAUGGAGACAGGGCCAGCAGCCCCCAUGACUCCCAUUACAAGGGAAUCGCAAGGCCAGCAUCUGGGGUACAACGCACUCUGGAUACUUCCAUGAAAGCCGAAAUGAUUGAGCACAGCAUGAGAAACCUGACCAGCAGUCGCAGUCGAUUUGAACACCAGCUCGAGCAGCACCAGCAGUUCUUGCUACAGCAACAACAGAAGUCUCUGCAGGAAUUCAACCAGGCCAUACGUCAGGAAAUAGACAACGAUCCUACCCUUCAAGGGAUGGAGGAUGCAAGUGAGAAUUCUUUAGAUAAUGAGAGUUUGUCCUCUUUGGAUAGUCUUGAAGGACCAUUGCAAUCAAGCAGUUUUUCAGAGACUCGGUUUCAGCAAGCAUAUACAGAUUCUGACCCAGGCAGGCUGAAAGACCAUGUUCCUGGGCAGCCAGCAAUUGACAGAAACAAAGUUAGUGGCCAGCUUGCUCAGGAACAGAUGGAGAGGAAGCAGCAGGAUUUGAAGAAAGUGCUAACAAGUAAUAGCAGAAGUGGAGAGCCAGUUUUAAGCACCAUAGCUAACAACCAAGCUGUUGAGUCUGUUUCUCAAGGUUUCAAGUCUGCUGUAGAGAACCAGCCUUCUAGGGCCACUGUGCUACAAAGUGGCUACCAUCACAGCCCUACAGAAAUACCAGUCAGUGCAACAGUGACUUCAAUUGCUUCUGGUACACCUCCCUGCUUGGCUCAGCAAGCCAUAGCAUCUCCUCCAAAUCAGGCGAUAAAGCAGCCAGCCCCAGCUAUGCAGUACAGCAGGCAGCUCCUGGCCCAUCGCAGGUUUGACUCUAGUGGCAAUGUUGGAGGUGGUGAUGUACAGAAGGCAGACAGAAGGAAUUACUGUUCAGGAAAAGUUGAUGAGCUCCAAAUGCCAGCACCCACAUCAAUGCCUUCUGCCAGCACAUGCACAGAUUCAGCUGUGCUUGCCACCUGUGCAAAUAAUCAAGAUGACAACUUUGCAGAAGUUGACCGGCCCAAGGCUCACGUGUAUGCUUGGAUUUCCCCGCUGCCUUCACAACAGAACGAGACUCAGGGGCCUUUUUCAGCAGCCAUAAGUGCAUCUACAGUCUUACCCACUGUCACCCCACCUUUGUUUGCUAGCAACAUGGCAGAAGACAGGGUGAUGGCCACCAACAUUAGCCCCCACAGUGCCCGCAGUACAGCCACAGCAGUCACCAUGACAUGGAUCUACACUUCGGUCAAUACCAACCACAACAAAGAGCCCUUGUAUUCACAGGCACCCCUCAACCUGAGCACAGUCACAACUCACCAGUCCAGUUUUGGUGGCAUCGCUGUAGAUUCUGUGAUUCCCAGGAACCAGGAAAACAAUUCUGGGCCUCCUGUGACUCAGGUUGUUUCCCACUCAGCAUCAGCAGUAUCAAAUCCCAGCUCAACAUCGGCUUUUCAGUGUGUAUCAGAGACCAGUAAAGCUAUUAAUGUGUCUAAUAUAGGAAAAGAGAACCAAGCACCUGUGAGUAACCUGGAAGGCAGUAUUGCCAAGGGGACGCUUGGUCCAAAAAAUGGACAUCUGGCAGUUUUUAAAGACACUAUGUCUGGAGAUGGACCUCGUGAGUGUAAGGUCAUGUUUGAGGAGGAUAGCACAAAUGCCAUCCAAAAAGAGGUGCGAAGUAUCUUGAAGAGACCCUCUCAAGAAAUUGAAUGGAAAAAUAAAUCAUCCCUUGCCAUGCGACAGACCAAGUUUGAUGUACAAGAUAGCAUUGAGAUGACCAGGAAACACCUGAUAAACAAGGACUCCGAGAAAAGGAAGAUGAAGAAGAAAGCAGUCCGGUUUGCUGAUCUUCAGUAUGAGGAGGAAGGUGUAGAUGAAGAUGAUGACAGUGAAGACAGCUUGACAGAAGCCACUCAGAUAACAUCUGUUAAGAAACAGUCACAAGAUGACAUCAUAAUUAGGCCAGUUGCAGCCCCUGAGGUGAGGCAUGUACGCCCUGCUUCAGCCAAAGUGGGAUCAGGAGAGAUGAACAAUACAAGGGCUCCACGUGCUGCUAGUGCUGGACCCUCCCGUACCCCAGUUACCAUCCGUCCUAAGGCUGCUGCCCACAUCAUCAUGAGCAGUGAAGCUGCUGGCCACAUGGCUGAUGGCUCUAUUACAGGCAUUACUGUACACAAAUCACAGCUGGAGAAAAAGGUGACACUUGUCAAUAACAACUUUAUGUCAUGCAUUCCAACCUACACUGCCCUCAAGGCAAGUGAUAAAAUAUCUGCUGGAACCACUACUGCUGGGAGCAACCCUGCACCUUUAGUACAUACCAUGGCACAGGGCAGGAAUAUCUCAGGUAUAUCUACUUUUGCCAUGGAAGGGGACAGCAUGCAGAAGGCUGGACUUGGCAAAACCACUUCUGCCAAUGGAAUUUCCCAGAAUCCUCCUGGUAAUGCCUCCAGGACACCAGUGAGCAAGGCCACCAGCACUUCCAUAUUGCUGCCAUCUCACUCCCACUUCGGUAACAGCAACAACAGUAAAACAGUGUACAGUGAAACAGGACUGCGCAUCGAUCGCACACCCACUGAUGAUGAGAUCAACAACCUGUGGAUGAACAUGCGCACCAUGCUGGACAAGGGAGACAAGGGACAAGUGACAACAACCCCCCUCACCGCAGACACAGUGACAUCUGGUGGCAACAACAACAGCAGUGACCAUCGCAUGGAAAACCGGCCCACUGUGCAGCUGUCUAACAAGUACAUUGAUGGUACAUUCCUACCACACUCAGGUGGGAUGCGACCAGCCUAUAGCACAUAUAGCUAUGCCAAAACUCCCACAGGAACAAACUCCACUGGUAACAUACUGACAAACCAUGUGAAGAGUGACAGUCAAAACAAAAAUGGCUAUGCUCAGCACUACAGCUUGUUGCAGCAACGACGAAACACUAGCACCACUGGCCCUGGAACACGCUCUAAUGGCAUGUCGGAUCAGACAUUACGGUCGGCACCUGUCAGCAGUAAGAGCUUAGAUCCUCGUCAGAUGACAAGCAUGGCAAAUGCGGCAGGGUACCAGGUUCAGGAAGAAGGAGUCAGUGACAGUUGUAUGAUGGCAGCCAUCGAUUCAGCACAAACACAGCAGAUCUACAACAACUUACGGCACAAAAUCAACAAAGGAGGGCCAUCUGCCUUGUCCAUCGAAGAGCAUCGGGUAGUGGAGUCUCUUGACAGAUUGAACGACAGACUCAGAGUCAUAGAAAACAGAGAACCAGGCAACCAGCAGGCCUAUGGAGUCCUUCCUGGCAGUCACCGGGUGUAUGUCCAUUCUGCAGGAUUUCGGGGUCAUCAACUUACAUCACAACGAGGAGGCUUUUCUAGUCAGCGCAUGGCAGGCAGACCUUUCUCUUCUCGUCUUCUGAACAGGCAGCACUAUUGACAGAAACCAGAUUGUGCACAUUUGGCAUGCAGUCCUUCGUGGAUUGCACCUUCACAGCAGACCCAAAUGUGUGGGGUUUUAAAAUAUUUAAUUCACUUUUGCUAGUUCUCAGAAAGGAUGGUUGUACCACUGGUUCUAUGUUUUAUCAUCAGCUUUUGUCAUUGCUAGACAAGGAUUUUGCCUGCAUGGAGGACUUUUUCAUGAACUGGCUGGUUUUCUGCAUGAGGUGUGAACAUUUCUAACAUUUUAUUGUUAGCCUUAUUGUAUGGUUCUAGUAUUACUUAUGCAAUACUUUGUACUGCAUCUACAAGUUAUGUCUAUGUGCUUUCAGAACAUCUGUUAUUACCAUAUGCAAUAGUGUUUCCAGAGCAGGAAGAGCAUUCAUGUACCAACUAACAAAAAAUCUUAUGACAUGCUUACUGCUGACUACGGUAAAAAAUAAUUUUUUGUUCUCUGCAAUUCCUUUACAGAUGAAUGAAUGAUAAAAAGUAGUUCGCAAAAACACAAGUGAAAUAAUAUGCCAUUGUGAGCAUUAGCCUAUCACUGAAACUAAAUUAAAAUUACUUAGUAAAGCUGGCAUAAAAACUUUGUUGUUGAUGUACUUUAGAGUUUGCAUCUUCUACAAUUGUAUGGAGGUGGUGCAGCAUCCCAAAACAGGGGAGAUAGGUUUGCAAAGGUAAAUAAAACUAGUUCGAGUAUAGAAAAAAAAUGGCUUUGCUGCAGACAGUGUUGUCAUGUGACCAUAAUGAAAAGAAAGUGUUCAACAAUAACAAGUAAUGAGUCAUUUGCUGGUUUUAUGACUGUUUUAUGUGGAUGGUUGUCCAGAAAUAAUAAUAAUAAGUGCAAAAUUUGUAAAGCACAUACUCACACUUCUAAGGAGUAAGCUCUUAGUGCUUAAGAACAAGACGAAACAUGGACAGCAUACGAUAAAUGAUAUCCCUAAAGAUCCAUAAAAAGCAUCAUGUAUUUAUGCUAUUUUCAUGGUUACUUUUUAUGUCAAUUUUUGAUGGUUUUGUAGGAUAUAUAUCUGCAUUAGCUGCAGUGGUAGGUGCAUAGCACUGGAUGAUGGUGAUCUUUCUUCCUUUGGAGUUGAACCGAGGUGACAUGAGUUGUGGGGAAUCUGGUUCCCAUGCUGUUAGUGCUCUUGCAGCUUCUGAUAUCAUCAGUACUGCUACUCCUUGUGUGUGGUCAUGGUCAGGGUUUUCAUGUCCAGAGUAGAUGAUAGUCUCCCUUGGCAAAAGUCUGGUCUGACCGUUGCCAUUCCAUCUGAUCUUUCACAGGCCGAGGAGCUUGAUGCCAUUGUUCUUCAUUUCCUGGGCUACCUGAGCUGAUUUCCCUCACUUAUAGGGUUCUGAUGUUCCAGGUCCCUAUCCUGGUUUUUGCCAUGGCCGUGAGAAGAUGGGUUGUCGAGCUGACUUCCCAAAGGCAUUCCCCAACACGCGUCAUAGGCCCCUCCGAAGAGGGAUCUUCCUGUCCAGGCUCUUGUUGUGCUUGUGUUGCAUAUGCGGUUUCUGUAGCAUGGGUUGAUAGGGACCGGCAGGUUACCCAGGGGGGUUUCCAUAGGGUAAGUCUACAAAUUUUGGCCAGAUUUAACUGUUUCAGUCUUUAGUAUCUCUUUACCAAGAUUGAAGACACCAUCUUUGUAUAUUGAGCAAGUUUUCAAUAUGGUUUUAUUGUAGCUGUUAACAUAGCAGAUAUCUUUCAGAUUAUUUUCCAUUUACUUCAUAUUUUUUUGUCUGUGUAAGAUUAUGGAUAAUGGGGACAGGAACGAGAAAAAAAAUUAAGUUUCUUUUGCUUUCAUGUUUUUUUAAGUGUUGUUCCAGUAAGAGGUUUGUAUUAUAGACAACGGUCAACUGCAUUCACAUUCUGUUUUGUUUACUUGUGUUUAAGUAUUAAUUAUUGAGGAUUAUUUAUAUGCCUUUGCUUCCAUGGACUCUAUUCACAUUCCUUCUUGUUAAUUGCAAUUAUUAAUGUGCAUAGAUUUUUCAUUUGCAAAGUGUGUGACAGUUGAUCUGAAUUAUCUGUGCCAAAUUUAUAUUAUUAACAGCACCAUUGUGAUAUGUUUAUCCGUCCAUGUCCAUGUGAGUUAAAAAAUAUACAUUAUUAGAGACUUUCAUCGCUUUUCUGAUGAAGGAAUAUUAAAAUUACAUUCCUUUUUAAAAUUCUGUUUUUGAUGGUGUAUUAGCAGUAUUUGCUCAGUAGUGUUUUUUGUUGUUGUUUUUUUUUCUUUGUCAGAUUGUUAAUAUAUACAGGGUUCCAGAAGAUCAACUCAAGUAGCAAUGUGCCUUCAUAUUAAGGAAUCAGACUAAUUUGGUGAAGUCUGUAAUUGUGAGUAAAAGAGUGGCUCGUAGAAGAUUACUAGCAGGGUAAAAUUAGCCUGACAAUGGUGUACAUGAAUGUUUACUGUUGUGUACAAUGCAAAAUAUAUAUUUUAUUGAAACGUUUCUCCAUUCUUUCAUACAGGGAGGGUUUGUUCAUGCAUUCAACUCUUCUGCCUUGCAGUUAUUAGUGCUCACCAUGCACAAUACAAAAUGUAUUAAUGAUAAAAAAUUGUUUUGUUUAGAAUGAUAACUCUUUCUUUAAUAAAGUGUCAAAUGUAUGAAAGUGUCUGGAGUGUCCAGAUAAAUUCCAACAGAUUGAAACAGGUGAAAAUAAACUUUUCAUAGAGUACACACAAAAGUGCAUGAACA